AUGACCGUUGAACAACGUUUCGAAUCCUCAAAAUUAGCUGAAGAAGCUAUAUCUGAGGAAGACAGCUACAAUGAGGAAGAGGACGAAGAUUUUGACCCUUCAAAGGACGUAAACACUGGGGCCAAUGACUCUGAAGAAGACAUAGGCGAUGACAACAAGCAUGACGACGGACCCGAUUAUUCCAAGAUUGAAAGCGGCCAAGGUGGUCUGGUACGAACCAGACGUGCUCGAGAACUCGAGGAAGAGAGCUUGAGGCAAAACAAGUACGAAAGUCUGCGAGAAACUGGCGUGUCGCAACGAACAAGUUCAUUGUGGGGCGAACUGCAGCAAGAAAGCAUCAAAAGGCUACGUACAAGCAUUUCGGUGAUGAGCGAAACUGUUGGGGAGCCUGAGGAUAACCUUAAAGAAGAGCUGGUUCUCAUAGACCGCAAAUACGAGUUUGCAGGUGAAAUACUGCACGAGAAAAAAUGGGUACCGAAGUUCAGUGCAGAGGCUCAAGAAUUUAAGAAUAGCACGAAAUUCAAGAGCCAAAAUGAGCCUUCUGCCGCAACUAAAGUGGCAGUUAACGAACAAGGUGCCAAACUCAGACGGCCGCUCAAAAGGCCUCCCAUCUUAGAACAAAUCAUUGCGGGAGCUUUGAAGCCGAAGUUGACCACCUUGGAGAAAUCCAAACUCGAUUGGGCCUCCUAUGUUGACAAAGAAGGCAUUAAUGCAGAGCUAAAUUUGCAUAACAAGGACGGGUACCUUGCCAAACAGGAUUUCUUGAACCGCGUGGAAUCUUUCAAAGACGAUAAGUACCGCCAGAUGCGGAAAACUCAACUACAACAAAGAUUAGCGGACACAUAG